UCAAGCUGGCUUUCUCUCACAGUUUACCAGUGGGAGACGCCGAGGAGGCCUUUUCUCUAUUGCCCCAACUACAAGCCACAUUUCUGAUCAUGGACGGAAAUGGCGACGCCGGCGGAGGGGAAUUUUCCGGGCCGGCGAGGAAAGUUCACGACGAGGAAAACUUAGCUGUUGCGAUCCCGGAGACCGCUCAUCAGAUUAGCAGCGGUGUGAAUUCCUUUUUCUAGUUCAAUUUUUAUUGAUCCCCUUUUUGUUCGGCUAUUUUUGGCAUCUUGUGGCUGCUGACAGGAUCAGCAGUGUGCGGUUGUCGAGUUUUCAUAGGAUAGUAUUUCAGCUGACUCUUGUUCGUGUACUUUUUGAGACCCUUUUUCCCGAAAACAAAUUAUUGCUUUUGCGUUGGAAAAAGAAAGAUAAAAAGGGAUUUUUGUUUGAAGGUGGGAUUCAAGUUUGAUAUGGAACACUUUUCUGUCACGCCAUUUGUUACUUUUGAGUUUUGAGGUGAAAAGUGAAGCUUUUCUUGAUAAUUUCUCAUUUGAAUCUCUUUGGAAGCUUGUUCUGUGUUAAGGAAAGGAAUUUCUGGAAAUCGGAGUGACAAAAGAUUGAGUCUUUUAUCUCUAAUUUGGGGUUUUGGUGAGUAGGAGAGGACUGGUUUUUGGUUUAGACUUACAGUGAUGCUGAUAACUUGAAUUUGAUUUUGGGCAGACUCAUGGUUCCAAGUGGGAUUUGUUCUUACAACUGGGAUCAACAGUGCCUAUGUAUUAGGCUAUUCAGGGACCAUAAUGGUUCCUUUGGGGUGGGUUUGAUUCUGGCCACUGCCAUCUCAUUGUAUGCAAACUCUCUGGUGGCCAAGCUACAUGAGUUUGGAGGCAAAAGACAUAUCAGAUACAGAGAUUUAGCUGGAUUCAUAUAUGGUAAGAGAGCUUACUCUGUGACAUGGGGUCUGCAGUAUGUGAAUCUUUUCAUGAUCAACACUGGCUAUAUCAUCUUGGCUGGUCAGGCUCUCAAGGCUGCCUAUGUGCUUUUCGAUGAAGACGGUCCAAUGAAGCUUCCCUACUUCAUAGCCAUUGCAGGGGUUGUGUGUGGCUUGUUUGCCAUUUCAACUCCUCAUUUAUCAGCACUGAGAGUUUGGCUGGGAGUCUCAACAGUCCUUAGCCUGAUAUACAUCAUUGUUGCCUUUGUGCUCUCCAUUAAAGAUGGGGUCAAUACACCAGCCAGGGACUACAGCAUCCCGGGGACUACAACGAGCAAGAUCUUCACUACAAUUGGAGCAUCUGCCAAUCUCGUCUUUGCAUUCAAUACAGGAAUGCUUCCAGAGAUACAGGCAACAAUAAAGCAGCCAGUAGUGAACAACAUGAUGAAAGCACUCUACUUCCAGUUCACGGCAGGAGUUUUACCAAUGUAUGCUGUCACUUUCAUCGGCUACUGGGCAUACGGGUCAUCCACAUCAACCUAUUUGCUCAGCAGCGUCAAUGGUCCAGUUUGGGUGAAGGCAAUGGCCAACAUUGCUGCUUUCUUUCAGUCGGUCAUCGCUCUACAUAUAUUCGCGAGUCCAAUGUACGAGUACUUGGACACCAAGUACGGGAUCAAGGGGAGUCGAUUCGCCAUUCGAAACUUGUCAUUCAGGCUAGGAGUGAGAGGCGGAUACCUCACCCUCAACACAUUGGUUUCAGCACUUCUGCCAUUCUUGGGAGAUUUCAUGAGCCUCACAGGGGCAAUCAGCACCUUCCCCCUAACAUUCAUUCUGGCAAACCACAUGUACCUAGUAGCGAAGAGGAGCAAAUUGAGUUCCUUCCAAAAGCUCUGGCACUGGCUCAAUGUGAUCUUCUUCGGGUUCAUUUCCUUUGCAGCGCUCGUCGCUGCUCUAAGGCUUAUAGCUGUAGAUUCCAAAACUUACCAUGUUUUUGCUGACCUGUGAUUUAAGAUUGGGCAAUUUUAGGUGCUGGGUAAUACCAUUAAGUCUUUGAAUGUGAGGAUUCCUCUGAUGUAGAAUGGUAGUAGGGAAAUUAGAAUCCUUUACUGUCUAUUGUGUAGUUUAGGUGAGCAUUUGGUUUGUGCCCAUGAUUUAGUUUAUACCAUAAGUAACUGUUGUUUUUUACUGAAAGAGGCUUUCAUUAAUGUGAUCAUAUAAGCAUAUUAUUCAUCGAAUUCGUAGAGAUGGGUAAUGUACGCCCUGACACCACACAAGAUAGGAUAGCCUAGCCGAAUCCCAUAUGGCUCAUUUAUUCAUUUAACUUUUGGGUUAAUAUCUUAUUAUGGCCCGAACUAUGACCAUAUCAUGGGUAAAAUACCUCGGGUACCACUUAUCUUUCAGAAUAAGAGUAGGCAUACCACUUAUAUUAGAAUAGGGCGUCGGGUACCACUAUUGUCAAAGAAUUGUGCAUCCGUCCGUUUUUCCGUCCCACUACUAACGGCAAUAAUAAAAAAAAUAUUUUCGC